CUCUCUUUGUCCCUCUUUCUCUCUUUGUCCCUCUUUCUAUCUUUGUCCCUCUUUCUCUCCCUGUCCCUCUUUCUCUCUUUGUCUCUCUUUCUCUCUUUGUCUCUCUUUCUCUCUUUGUCCCACUUUCUAUCUUUGUCCCUCUUUCUCUCUUUGUCCCUCUUUCUAUCUUUGUCCCUCUUUCUAUCUUUGUCCCUCUUUCUAUCUGUGUCCCUCUUUCUAUCUUUGUCCCUCUUUCUCUCUUUGUCCCUCUUUCUCUCUUUGUCCCUCUUUCUAUCUUUGUCCCUCUUUCUCUCCCUGUCCCUCUUUCUCUCUUUGUCCCUCUUUCUCUCUUUGUCCCUCUUUCUCUCUUUGUUUCUCUUUCUCUCUUUGUCUCUCUUUCUCUCUUUGUCCCUCUUUCUCUCUUUGUCCCUCUUUCUCUCCCUGUCUUUGUCCCUCUUUCUAUCUUUGUCCCUCUUUCUAUCUUUGUCCCUCUUUCUAUCUGUGUCCCUCUUUCUAUCUUUGUCCCUCUUUCUCUCUUUGUCCCUCUUUCUCUCUUUGUCCCUCUCUAUCCAGCUGUUGCUCCUACGUGGGUCGUCGUGGUAAUGGUCCUCAGGCGAUAUCGAUAGGGAAGAACUGUGAUAAGUUUGGCAUCGUGGUUCAUGAGUUGGGUCACGUGAUCGGGUUCUGGCAUGAACACACCCGGCCCGACCGAGACGAUCACGUCACCAUCAUCAGAGACAACAUACAACCAGGUCAGGAGUAUAACUUCUUGAAGAUGGAACCAGGAGAGGUGAACUCGCUGGGGGAGCCUUACGACUUCGACAGCAUCAUGCAUUAUGCUAGGAACACCUUCUCACGAGGUAUGUUUCUAGACACCAUCCUCCCAUCUAGAGAUGAGAGUGGGAUCCGUCCUGCCAUUGGACAGAGGACCAGACUCAGUAAAGGAGACAUCUCUCAGGCCAGGAAGCUCUACAGAUGCCCAGGUAGGUCUGU